AUGUACUUCAGAUCGUGUACGGGACAGGGGGAUGAGGCUUGGAGAGAGUUAUGUGAAGAUAUGGCUAUUAUAGAGUUCCUUAAUCAGUUUAAGAGCAAGAAUGAAUACCAUGUCUACAUUAAACACUCAUUGUCACCAGAAGUAGAGAAACAUGAUGCUGCACUAGAUUUCAAUGAUAGAAUGACAACAAUAGAGGGAUGCACUAAUGAAAAUUCCGAUGGACAAGAAGCUGAACCGAUUAGGGAUAAUGUGGCAGCACCACGGUUCGAAGAGGAUGUGUGGUGUGAUGAAGAAAUAGAUGAUUCGGAUAGUGAGUUUGAGGUGCAUCCGGAUUGGGUAAGUGAUGGCGAAGUUGAAGAUCGUGAGGAAAUCGCUACCAAUCUAAAGAAGGCAAAAGAAAACUUGAAGAGAGGGAUAUCAACCACAUAUCACUCUGAUGAUGAAGUGGACAGAAGACAAGAAAUGAUUGCUGAGGAGGGUGGCUUUGACUCUGAUGACAUUGGGAGUCAUGAUGAAGAUGAAGUGGCCGAUCAUGACUUACGCAGGAAAAGCAUUUUCCCUAAGUUCAAUCCGAACUUGGACACACCCUUCUUUGAGGUUGGUAUGAUUUUCAACAAUAUGGAUGAAGCUAGGGAAGCAAUCACUAAGUAUUCAUUGAAUGCCAAGAAAGAUCUUAGGGUUAAGAAGUGUGAUACAACUAGGGUUAGAAUGAUAUGCACUUAUGCUGGUUGUCCAUUUGUCCUUUUUGUUUCAUGGAGUAAAGUAGCCAAUGCCUUGCAAAUUAAAACAUUGAAGGAGCAUAGAUGUGGAGUGCAUUUUAAGUGUAAAAAAUUGUCUCCACUUGUGAUUGCAUGUAAAGAAAUAUCAUAG